UCAUUCCAUAAAUGAUUCGUAUCAACAAGGAUUCAAAAUGAAGGCGGUCAUAUUUAUUUGUAUUGUUAUUAUCGCGAGUUUGGAAGCGCAUAACGUUCACUUAUCGCAAACACAAAAAGAAAAGGUCAAAAACUACACAGCCGAAUGUAUGAAAGAGACGGGCGUGAAACCAGAAAUUUUAGCUGAAGCCAAAAAGGGACACCUAUCUAACGAUGAGGGCUUAAAGAAGUUCAUACUUUGCUUCUUCCAAAAAGCGAAUAUAAUUACUCCUGAUGGAAAAUUGAACAGUGACGUAGCUCUAUCGAAAUUACCGACUGGUAUUGACAAGAUUGCUGCAGCUAAAACGUUGAACGAGUGCAAGAACAAGAAAGGCGACAGCCAAGCGGACACCGCGUACGAAAUAUUCAAAUGUUAUUACACCAAUACAAAACAACAUGUCUUAUUCGAGUAA